GUGUUUGUGAACAUGUUCAGCUCCUCCAAUCAGUCUCCUAAUUCUUCCAUAGGGGUACUUGACGCCAGUCCAAAGGUUUGCUUGAAAGCAGGACAGGGAGUGCUGGAGGAGGUUCAAGACAGCAUGCCAGAAACAGAGUGGGGACUUGAUAGCUCAAGCUCAAGUGAAGAACUUAGUCCCUCGGAGGAAGACGACUUAGAGGAAGAAGCAGCCCGCUAUGAGGAAGAAAGAUACCACCCUGAUGAGGGUAGAAAUAGAGAGCCAAGGAAGAAGUUAAAAGGAAAUGGCAGCUUAAGUCAGGGCAUGGUUUGGUCUCCGGGCCCUAGCGCCCCUCCGCCUUAUGCAGAAAACUUUUGCUCAGAUUCUUUUAUCCCUCGAGAUGAGCCGCAAAAAUUACAGCAGAUGUUUCCUGUCUUUGAGGCAGCAGAUGGAGGACGCAUUCACAUGUCUGUGGAGCACAUACAAAUCAAAGAACUUGCUGAGUCGGUCCGUAAUUAUGGAGUUAGUGCCAAUUUUACUUUAUCUCAAGUCAAAAGACUUGCUACUUUGGCCAUGACUCCGGGAGACUGGCAAAUGGCUGGAAAGGCUGUGCUCACUAAUAUGGGGCAGUAUUUAGAAUGGAAAGCCUUAUGGUAUGACGCCUCUCAAAUGCAAGCGAGGGCUAAUGCUGCAGCUGAAGGUGAUCAGAGAAAUUGGACGUUUGAUUUGCUGACAGGUCAGGGACCAUAUGCAGUCAAUCAGACAAAUUAUAAUUGGGGAGCAUACGCUCAGGUUUCAGCUGCUGCCAUUAAGGCGUGGAAAGCACUUUCAAGGAAAGGAGAGGCAGGAGGACAUCUGACAGGUGGAUGUAGCUAUUUCAUCAGGUACAAAGUGAAGAAAAUUGUCAGAGACAUAAGCGAAAG